CACGGGCAGGUCGCAGAGCAGCGGGUCCUGCACGAGCCGGGCCAGCCCCUCCUGGAAGAGCUCGAGCACCUCGGCGUGCGCCAGCUCCUCCUCCUCGGGGCCCGACUCCGCCAUCGCCGCCGGCAGGGCGGGACUUCCUGUGACCCGCUCGGGGGAAGAGGCGGGGGCGCGCCGUGACCCGGAAGCAGAAAUGCUGCUGUUCUGCCCGGCCUGCGGGAACGUGCUGGUGGCCGAGGAAGGCGCGAGGUGCCACCGCUUCGCCUGCACCACGUGUCCCUAUGUGCGCAACGUCACGCGCAAGGUGAGCAGCCGCAAGUACCCCAAGCUGAAGGAGGUGGACGAUGUGCUGGGCGGCGCGGCGGCCUGGGAGAACGUGGACUCCACGGCAGAGCCAUGUCCCAAGUGUGAGCAUCCUCGCGCCUACUUCAUGCAGAUUCAGACCAGAUCAGCUGAUGAACCCAUGACCACCUUCUACAAGUGUUGUAAUGCCCAGUGUGGGCACAGGUGGAGGGACUGACUGGUUUCAGAUUUAAUUUCUUCAGUGUUGUUUUUGCUGUUUGUUUGAAAAUUCCCCAGCUGAGUUGUAUGAUAUAUGGUAAUGUGGAAAUAAAUAUCCCUGGUUUCAGUU